UAAUUUUAAUUGAUGCCGGGAUAGAGAGAGAGAGAGAGUUAAGAAGGUAGCUAGGGGAGAGAGCGAGGUUGAUGCCGUGAUCGAUCGAUCGAUCUGUUGGCGCAGCGUGUAUAUAAGGGCGGGAAGGGGAGUGAGAGAGAGCAGCAGCUAGCUAGCCGCGGUCGGUCGAUCCAGCUGCUGGGGAUGAGUACUUAGUUAGCUCGGAGCUAGCUACUAAUGGAUGAUAUACUUAUGCUAGUUAGUUAAAUACAGUUAUUAGUUAGUUGUAGGUUGCAUCUAUCAUAUCUCCAUCGGUUAAUUAAUUGAUUGAUAGCUAGAUUAUCAACAAUUAAUGAGCAUGGUGGUGCAGCAGGAGCAGGAGGUGGUGUUCGACGCGGCGGUGCUGAGCGGGCAGACGGAGAUCCCGUCGCAGUUCAUAUGGCCGGCGGAGGAGAGCCCCGGGUCGGUGGCGGUGGAGGAGCUGGAGGUGGCGCUGAUCGACGUGGGGGCGGGGGCGGAGAGGUCGUCGGUGGUCCGGCAGGUGGGGGAGGCGUGCGAGAGGCACGGCUUCUUCCUGGUGGUUAACCACGGCAUCGAGGCGGCGCUGCUGGAGGAGGCGCACCGGUGCAUGGACGCCUUCUUCACGCUGCCGCUGGGGGAGAAGCAGCGGGCGCAGCGGCGCGCGGGGGAGAGCUGCGGCUACGCCAGCAGCUUCACGGGGCGCUUCGCGUCCAAGCUGCCGUGGAAGGAGACGCUGUCGUUCCGGUACUCAUCGGCUGGAGAUGAAGAGGGCGAGGAGGGCGUGGGUGAGUACCUGGUGCGGAAGCUCGGGGCGGAGCACGGGCGGCGGCUGGGCGAGGUGUACUCGCGCUACUGCCACGAGAUGAGCCGCCUGUCGCUGGAGCUGAUGGAGGUGCUCGGGGAGAGCCUGGGCAUCGUCGGAGACCGGCGCCACUACUUCCGGCGAUUCUUCCAGCGCAACGACUCCAUCAUGCGCCUCAACUACUACCCGGCGUGCCAGAGGCCACUCGACACGCUGGGCACCGGUCCGCACUGCGACCCCACCUCGCUCACCAUCCUCCACCAGGACCACGUCGGCGGCCUGGAGGUGUGGGCGGAGGGGCGGUGGCGCGCCAUCCGCCCUCGCCCCGGGGCGCUCGUCGUCAACGUCGGCGACACCUUCAUGGCGCUCUCCAACGCCAGGUACCGCAGCUGCCUGCACCGGGCGGUCGUCAACAGCACGGCGCCUCGCCGCUCGCUGGCCUUCUUCCUCUGCCCGGAGAUGGACACGGUGGUGCGCCCGCCGGAGGAGCUGGUCGACGACCACCACCCGAGGGUGUACCCGGACUUCACGUGGCGGGCGCUGCUGGACUUCACGCAGCGCCACUACAGGGCCGACAUGCGCACGCUUCAGGCCUUCUCCGACUGGCUUAAUCAUCAUCGUCACCUGCAACCAACAAUAUACUCCUAGCUCCUAGUCCUAGCUAUAUACUCCUAUUAUCCAUCCAUCCAUCCAUCUUACACUACUAUACCAUUAGCAUCGAUCGAUCAUCCAUUAAUUAAUUAAUUAAUUACUAGUUCCGGCUUAGAUAUAUAUCUGGCGAUUAUUUCAGUUCCUAGCUACUCCUACAUGCAUGCUUUGCUUAAUUAGAUCUAUCUAUCUAAUCUAUCCCGGCCGGCCUGUUUUAAUUCCAUAUAUCAUUUGGUUUGCACGUACCCAUCUAUGAUCUAUAUAUACAUGCAUGUCGACUAUUGUUGGUCGUACGAUAUUAUAUUAUAUAUAGAUGUAAUACAUAUGUUGAAAAUAUAUUGAUUUCUUCUUGCUGUAGGAGUAAUUAAUUACUCCAGUUGUUGCUGUCACUCGAUCAAUCCAUGGGAUAUGGGGAUCGAUCGGACGAUAUGCAGGAAGCUCAAGGACGAUAUGAAUGAUGCAUGCA